CAUUGUGGGAAGUGUAGUCCGGAGGUGAGCGGCUUCCUGUACAAAGUGUAAAAGGCAGAAUGUAGUGCGGGGGAUGGGGCAGGACGCCGGCUACUGUCUAUAGAGAGAAGAACAACAAGCGCCCCGCACAGCCCGGCCAUGGAGGAGGUGGACCGGAUCCUCAUCCACUCCCUGCGGACCUCCGGCACGGAAAUUCCAGAAGACGUGCAGAGCGUGCGCCAGUUCACCACAGAGAUCAUCGUAGAGGCGGUGGUGACAUGUCUGCGCGUGAUCAACCCCUCGGUGUCCUCCAACCUCAGUCACGUCCUGCCCCCCGGGAUGUCCGCCCGCUUCCGUAUAGGCACCAGCCUGGCGCAGGCUUGUCAGGACCUGGGAUACAGCGGAGAAGUUGGCUACCAGACCUUCCUGUAUAGCAACGAGCCAGAUAUCCGGGCACUUCUGAUUUUCCUCGCUGAGAAACUGCCCCGACACUCCCAGGAGGACGACCACCAACCAGCAGGUAAAUCCACAGUAUUACAGAGGGAGAUCGCAUCCAAGAUAAAGCAGCAGCUCUCUCUUCCCUGGAUCCCUCCGAUGUGCCGAACAGCCGCUGCACAAAGAUCCCAGAGCAUGUGUUUGCUGCAUCGUUUUCAGGCUCAGCCGCUGUCUUUGGCCGGCGACCAUUCUGCAAAGUCCGUCCCUCCUGAAAGGAAGGAGUACUGGGAGAAGCACCUGCCUUUGGUCAACAUGCAGCUGCCUCACUCCUACUCUCUGGUGGCGUCCCUUCUGGAGAGGAACGUGUCGGAGGUUAGCGCUGUGCAGGAAUGGGAGGCGGAGUGGAAGAGCCAAGGUCUAGCAUCCCGCUUGUCCGCGGAGGAGUACCGGAGCCGGAAACGGCAGCGGCUGCAAAAAAGGAUACAGGAUCAGCUCCGCCAGUGUAACCAGCAGCUGUCGGAGACCAACACGCCGGCCUCGGCCACGCAGGACCUCGCGGACAUGCUUAAAGCCUUCGCUGCGGAGGGAGGAGCCGAUCAGAAUAAAGGGUCCAGGUUCACCCACGCCCAGAAAUUCACUCACCAGCAGGACCCUCAAGUAUUAAACGAGCAAAUGCAAAGAGCCACCGAAAGCCUCUCCAGAAGAGACGCUCAGGAUGCGGAUGCCGAACAGCAAGAGCUGACCUCUCUACAGCAGCAGAUUGAAUCCAUAGAGCAGGAGAUCCAAGGGCUGAACGAGAGCGCCAAACUCCUCCGACUCACUCUGACUCAGGUGGAGGAAGAGAGAAGUAAAAUGCAGCAGUGCUGUGAGGAGAAGGAGGGCGUGGUCAGAGUGAAGAAGACCGCGGUGGAGUUAUUGCCCGACGCCGACAACAAUCUCGCCAAAUUGCAGACCAUGGUAGACAGCAGCACUCAGCGGCUGGUAAACCUCGCCGGUCAAUGGGAAUCUCAUCGUGUGCGGUUGGUGGAAGAGUACCGAGAGCUCAGGAGGGUUCACCAGGAGAAGGAGGAUGAGUCUUCUCGGUGGAUGAAAGAUGUCAAAGAUUUAUACGUGAAAAUCCGAGCCGCGGCUGAUGAGGCUAAGCGCAAAGAGGAGCUGUACAAGCAGCUGGUAUCCGAGUACGAGUCUCUUCCUCAGGAGGUCUCCCGAGCCGCCUAUACCCAGCGCAUUUUAGAGAUUGUCAGCAAUAUUAAGAAGCAAAAGGAGGAAAUCACGAAGAUCCUUUCAGACACGAAAGACCUGCAAAAGGAAAUCAACAGUUUAACGGGAAAAGUGGACCGAACGUUUGUGGUCACCGAUGAGCUUGUGUUUAAAGAUGCCAAGAAGGAUGAACCGGUUCGAAAGGCCUACAAAUACCUGGCUGCCUUACAUGAGAAUUGUGGUCAGCUCAUUCAGACCAUCGAGGACACUGGAACCAUUCUGAGGGAGGUCCGCGACUUGGAGGAGCAGAUCGAGACGGAGACGGUUAAGAAGACGUUGAGUAAUCUACAGAAGAUCUUGGAAGAUUACAAGGCCAUCAAACAGGAGAACGCGCUGCUGCUGGGCCGCGUGAGGGAGGCCGAGAGCGCCUGACGCUUUUUCUGGCCUUGCAUCCAACAACGUGUAUCGGCGGUCGUCUGACAUAGACGGUGCAUUUCCAUAAUACCAUAAGCAUAUAGGUGACCAGAAGGAGACUUCUCCUCCCCCCCACGUGUUUGCACACAUUUCCGCGCUAUACAACGUCCAGCCUGCAGAGGGCAGUGCGGAGAAGACUGUCUGCCAUAUCUGUCCCAUCCACCGGGGGGGGGGAGUGGGCGGUCCUGUGGGCCCAGUGUCUUCAUGGUUAGCGCAGAGUACAUAAUGGGGAGGGUCGGAGAUAUAUCCCCGCCCCCUUUUUUUUUUUAUUUUUUUUUUAUUUUUUCUUGUUCCUUCUUCUCCUGCUUUUACACAGGGAAAAAAAAAAAACAAGCAUUUUGUAACAUUCAUAAAUGAAAACAUUUCUAUAAAGAGAUAUUAAAGAUG